AUGGCUGGUGAUUCCAUUUUGCUCGCAGCUGGCAGCUGUCUCUCUUCUUUCCGCCUUUCCAGUCAUUUUGCUUGGCUGGUGGGGAAAUUAAGAAUGAAGCACAAGGUCAUGCCCCUGGCUGUCACUGGAGCUCCAGAAUUUGACAGAACAUUUAAUGCACAGGUUAACUGUCUGCAAUCAUAAUUUUUUAGUUUUCUGACUGCUUCCCCCACCAUAUUAAUAUUUUGUUUCUUAGAAUUACCUUCCUUUUGGGGUAUGUUGUACAUGUUUGCCCACUACAAGUACUUCCAUGGUUAUGUCCAGUCUGUGGAAGGAAGGUUAACAGGGUUUUAUUUAAGUGUGAUAAUUCUGAUUUUUUUUAUAAUCCUGGGUGCAGCUGGUGCAGCUGGGAUUGUCAACAGCUUUCUGGAUGAACACCUGGACUUCAGCAUAAUGGAGAAAGUCCAUAAAUUGCUUUGA